GGAGGAGGAAGGGGGAGGAGGAAGGGGGAGGCUGUGACCAAGUGCGUCAUUUGGGAAGGGUGUUACGGCAGACGUCCAUAGUCAAUGACCAAACACAGCAGCCAAUCACAGCCCUUAUGCUAAUGAGGCGGCUUUAAACCCUGCGGACCUUCCUUAUGAAUGUGCUGUUUGCAGACUGACCGAAUUAGUGCGACACACACACCAGAGGAAGCAGCUGAUUUUUCUAGAAACUUUUCCAUCUGUUGCUCUGUGAACUCAGGAGUCUCUUCACUCCCGGAGGAUCUAUUUCUAAUCAUCUGCCUUCAGGACAGAGGAACUUACAGGGCACGAGGAAAGCGCUGGUUCUACAUUUACAACACUUUUUUUUUACCCCCACUUUAUCACCUGAAAGUUUCUCAUCGCCAUGUCUUGCGGUGAUGCGUCGGAUCAGAGUCACAGCAGGUUCUGCGUCUUGUCUUGGGAUCAGGUGCGGCGCUUGGACUCGAUCCUCGGAGAAACUGUUCCCAUCCAUGGCCGUGGAAACUUCCCCACUCUCUCCAUGCAACCACGACAGAUCGUCCAGGUUGUGCGGGCGAGGCUGCAGGAGCGAGGCGUGUGUGUUAAAGACGUCAGACUUAAUGGAUCUGCUGCCAGUCAUGUCCUCCAUCAGGACACUGGACUGGGCUACAAAGACCUUGACCUGAUCUUCGGAGUAUCGCUGAAAGACGACCAGGCCUUUCGUCUGGUGAAGGACGUCGUGCUGGACUGUCUCCUGGACUUCUUGCCAGCUGGGGUCUCAAAGGAGCGCAUCACGGCACUGACUCUUAAAGAGGCCUACGUACAGAAACUGGUGAAAGUCUGUAAUGACACGGACCGCUGGAGUCUCAUCUCACUGUCCAACAACACAGGAAAGAAUGUAGAGCUUAAAUUUGUGGACUCUUUGCGGCGACAGUUUGAAUUCAGCGUGGACUCCUUCCAGAUUUGCCUCGAUUCUCUGCUGUUUUUCGACCGCUGCUCAGAGACGCCCAUGUCUGAGAGCUUUCACCCCACUGUAAUUGGCGAAAGUGUGUACGGAGACUUCCAGGAGGCCAUGGAUCAUCUCUGUCAGAGAGUCAUAGCUACACGCAGCCCUGAAGAAAUCCGAGGGGGUGGUCUGCUCAAAUACUGCCACCUGCUGGUGCGGGGGUUCAGAGCUUCCUCGGAGGCUGACAUGAAGCAAAUGCAGCGCUACAUGUGCUCACGCUUCUUCAUUGACUUUCCUGACAUAGUGGAGCAGCAGAGGAAGCUGGAGGCCUACCUGCAGAAUCAUUUUGCUGGGAUGGAGCACAAACGGUACGAGUGCCUGAUGACUCUGCACCACGUAGUCAACGAGAGCACCGUGUGUCUGAUGGGCCACGAGCGGCGCCAGACACUCAGCCUAAUAUCCAUGCUGGCGCUGAAGGUGCUGGCCGAGCAGAACGCCAUUCCCACGGUGACGAAUGUUACAUGUUACUACCAGCCAGCACCGUACGUACAAGACAUCAACUUCAGUAACUACUACAUUGCACAUGUGCAGCCGCCACCGGCCACACAGUGUACUAACACGUACCAGACGUGGCUGCCCUGUAGCUGAACUGGUCCCCGACAGGUCUGAGGUGGACGGGUCCUCAUCUCCCUUUAGGCCAAGUUCAGACACCAGACAUAUCGGACUUUUCCUCAGAGUGUCCACACUAUUAAUUAGAAGUGAUCAAAUCAGAUUUGUGUGUCCAGAUACAGCAGACCUUCACAGGUCAUGACGUGGGUGGCGUUGUCAACAAACGAGGCGAACAUACUGUAUGUUUGUGGAAUUCUGAAACAGAUGCAGGAAAAAUGGAGCAGCAACAUUGAGCUCUCCAAACAACUGAGACACAGCACUCCUCCACGCCACAAUAAGAACUCAGCAGUGGAAGAGACUGGUAGAUAGGACUGUUUUCUGAUAAAGAUACGGCUGGCUUGGCAGCGAGUGUGUUUCCUUUUGGCGUAAUUUUUAUCUGACAUCUUGAAAAUCUGAUUGGAGCAGCCGAAAUAUUCAGUCUUGGAUGCAGCUGCAUAAGAUUAGAUUAGAUUCAAACUGCCUUAAUGUGAUUUGAAUCUGAUGUGAAAAACUUCAAAAUCUGGAAUCUAAAAAUACACCAAAAGGAAAUGCGCAUUUGCCAAAUGUGACUUAACUACAACAAUCUCCUACUGCUGUUCAUCCGAUUGAGCCGACACAUUCACUUUUCUCACUCUGCUCUUGCAAAACAUCUGUAAGAUUGCUGGUCAUUUCUGAGAUGUGGUGACAAUAUCUUAUUUAAGUAUUACAAAAAAAAAGUCUUUAUAAAGCUUUAUAUAUUGUAUUUCAGAAAAAAAAACACACAUUUUGAAGACAUAAAACAUGAAAGCUGGUGUUUUUUUUCAUACUCUGGCUUUAUUUUUUUUUAUGACAUACUGGACCAAAGAUGUAUCUGAUGUUCAGACAGGGAAUGUUGUUUUGAUUCCAAGUGCCUAAAAAAAUGAACCAUGAAAAUGUUGUAAAAACAUUUGUUAAGAGCUGUGCAUUCAGUGUUUUCUUGAUUUCUCUGUUUCUCUUUUCGAAACAGACACGUUCAUUUCUUUUGUGAGAUUAAAAAAACAGAUAAAACUCC